AUGACUUCUCUAUUGAUAACUAUUUACAUCAUUUUAAAAUUAUGUUUCUUCCUUAAAUUAAUACCCGCAUAGGCAACUAAUCAUGUAUCAACAAGUAUUUUCUAUUAUUCUUUUGACUUAUGUAAGAUUCAACUGAGUCAACAUGAGUUGCUGUCCUAAUAUUUAUUCCGCCAAUUUUUCAUAUAUUUUACAUUUGAAAAAUGGGAAAAUAAAAUAAAAUGCAUCUCCUCAAAAAUGUUAUAAAUAUUUACUAAUUGCAUAAAAACUAAUUUACCUUGUCCUAUUAAGUAAGAAAGUACAUCUAAUUAAAUUCUCAAAGUUAGUUAAGUACAUUUUUUAUUUAACAAAACUUUCUUCAAUUGUUAAAUUAUUCAAAAAAUAUAUGGGGAGGGCUUUUGUCUUUACUCUAAGGGAACCUCGCUUUUUGAUAAUUUUAUAUUUUAACCAAUUCAUUCAUCUAAGAAAAUAUAUAAUAUUACUUUUAUUAAAGCAUAAAGAAUAGCAUUUGUGCAAUUUGCAAUUCAACAAAUGGUUUUUUAAGUAAUGGAUAGAAGUUCGAAUCAUCUAACAAAACUAAAAGAAUAAAUGAAGGCUAGGAUCAGUUGA